AUGGCUGCGCCUGGUAGCAGGUCCGAGCGGCCACAACUCCCAGAGUACAGCGGCAGCUACGUGGUGUCGCGGCCGGUCUACAGCGAGCUGGCCUGGGAGGAGCAGCACGAGCGGCGCCUGCAGGAGCGCAGGACACUGCGGGAGCGCCUGGCCAAGGGCUGCAGUUGUUCAAGAAAGAGAGCCCUUCAUGUACUGAAGACUCUUCUGCCCAUUUUGGAGUGGCUCCCCAAAUACCGAGUCAAGGAAUGGCUGCUUAGUGACAUCAUUUCAGGAAUUAGUACUGGACUAGUGGCUACAUUACAAGGCAUGGCAUACGCUCUACUAGCUGCAGUUCCUGUUGGAUAUGGCCUCUACUCCGCUUUUUUUCCUAUCUUGACAUAUUUUAUCUUUGGAACAUCAAGACACAUCUCAGUUGGACCUUUCCCAGUGGUCAGUUUAAUGGUGGGAUCUGUUGUUCUGAACAUGGCUCCUGAUGAACACUUUAUCAGUAAUGAGACUACAUCAAAUGCUACCGUGAUAGAUUUUGCAGCUAGAGAUAAAGAGAGAGUAUUGAUUGCAAGCACCCUUACUCUUUUGGUUGGGAUUAUACAGUUGAUAUUUGGAGGUUUGCAGGUUGGAUUCAUAGUGAGGUACUUGGCAGAUCCUUUGAUUGGUGGAUUCACAACCGCUGCAGCUUUCCAAGUGCUGGUCUCACAGCUAAAGAUUGUCCUCAAUGUUUCAACCAAAAACUAUAAUGGAGUUCUCUCCAUUAUCUAUACGCUGGUUGAGAUUUUUCAGAACGUUGGUAGUACCAAUAUUGCUGAUUUCGUUGCCGGCUUACUCACCAUUAUCAUCUGUAUGGUAGUUAAGGAAUUAAAUGAUCGAUUUAAACACAAAAUCCCCAUCCCUAUUCCUAUAGAAGUUAUUGUGACAGUAAUUGCUACUGCUGUUUCAUAUGGAGCCAACCUGGAAAAAAAUUACAAUGCUGGCAUUGUUAAAUCCAUCCCAAGGGGGUUUUUGCCUCCUGUGAUUCCACCUGUGAGCUUGUUUUCUGAGAUGAUGACUGCGUCAUUUUCCAUUGCUGUGGUUGCUUACGCUAUUGCAGUGUCUGUAGGAAAAGUGUAUGCCAUCAAGUAUGAUUACGCCAUUGAUGGGAACCAGGAAUUCGUCGCCUUUGGGAUCAGCAACAUCUUCUCAGGAUUCUUCUCUUGUUUUGUGGCCACCACUGCCCUGUCACGCACCGCCGUCCAAGAGAGCACUGGGGGAAAGACACAGAUUGCUGGCAUCCUCUCGGCUGUGAUUGUGAUGGUCGCCAUUGUUGCCCUGGGGAAGCUGCUGGAACCCCUGCAGAAGUCGGUGUUGGCAGGUGUUGUGAUCGCCAACCUGAAAGGGAUGUUUAUGCAAGUGUGUGAUGUCCCUCGUCUAUGGCGGCAGAAUAAGGUUGAUGCUGUUAUCUGGGUGUUCACCUGCCUAGCAUCCAUCAUUCUGGGGCUGGACCUCGGCUUACUAGCUGGCCUUAUGUUUGCAUUACUGACUGUGGUCCUGAGAGUUCAGUUUCCCUCAUGGAGCAGCCUUGGAAGCUUCCCUAACACAGACAUCUACAAAAGUACCAAGGUUUACAAAAACAUUGCAGAACCUGAAGGAGUGAAGAUUCUUAGAUUUUCUAGUCCGAUUUUUUAUGGCAACAUCGAUGGCUUAAAAAAGUCUAUCAAAUCCACAGUUGGAUUUGAUGCUGUUCGAGUGUAUAAUAAGAGGCUCAAAGCACUGAGAAAGAUACAGAAACUCAUCAAAAAAGGGCAGUUAAGAGCAACAAAGAAUGGCAUUAUAAGUGAUGCUGGUUCAUCGAACAAUGCUUUCGAGCCUGAUGAAGAUAUUGAAGAUCCAGAAGAACCUGAUAUCCCAACCAAGGAAAUAGAGAUUCAAGUGGAUUGGAAUUCUGAUCUUCCAGUCAAAGUGAAUGUUCCAAAAGUGCCAAUGCAUAGCCUCGUGCUUGACUGUGGGGCUGUGUCUUUCUUGGAUGUUGUUGGUGUGAGAUCAUUGAGAAUGAUUGUCAAAGAAUUCCAAAGAAUUGAUGUGAAUGUGUACUUCUCAUCGCUUCAAGACCAUGUGAUAGAAAAGCUGGAGCAAUGUGGUUUCUUUGAUGAUAACAUUAGAAAGGACAUUUUCUUUUUAACUGUCCACGACGCUAUACUCUAUCUACAGAGCCAGGUUAAAUCCCAACAAGUUCAAGAUUCCAUUUUAGAAACGAUAACCCUCAUCCAAGACUCUAAAGAUCCUCUUGAAUUAAUGGAAGCAGAGUUAAUUGAAGAAGAACUUGAUGUUCAGGAUGAGGCUAUGCGGAGGCUUGCUUCCUGAGAGAGAGAGUGGGCUCAAGGAGAUCACCAUGAGCAGGGACUGUGAAGCAAAAUUUCCCCACCCAUGUCAUUCUAUGCAAACGUUUUCUGCUUUGACAAUUUCUUUGGACUUGAAACACUCAUUCUUUUUCCAUUAGAUUUUUAAAAUCUUUGUCCCCACCCCCGCCUUAGCCAUUGGAAGAGGAGCACUAAGAUUGUU